GUGUACUGUCUGAACGGACAAACUCUUUCGGACGAGUAUAAGAUGACCAAUGUACCUGACUUUAAUUUUUGCAUUUACAGUACGGAUGUCGUUCGAUUAGUUACGGAUUGCACUCUUAGCUUUCUACCAAAGGAUUAUACCGAAGAGUUCAGGACUACACUCUCCGAACUAUUUGGUGGACUGUCACUUAGCGAGUGUCUCAGAAUAAUCUGUCAAAACAACAAUUACGACGGAUUCAUGCUUUUACAAAACUGGAUCGAAGAGCUCGACAAAAAUUUACAACCGACCGCCCGAUUCGUUGGUUGGAACUGCGUUGAGAAAUACGAACACCUGUACGCUAGAGACAUUGCGUAGUUUGCAUUGUCGAUCACGCCAGUGAUUACGCGGCUUCC